ACUUGCACAUCCUCGAGUCGCUCUAAAAUACCACACUUUUCCGAGCUCUUUCGAUCCCUGGCCAGUUCUGCAUCCGGUGGUCAUCGACGACACUUGCCUCAUUGUAUCAAAUAUCAGGGUGAUAACUUCAAGCUAAGCGAGGCUACCGAGCUCCAACAGGAAAGGCACUCAAGCUCGAAUGACGUCGAUCGGCUCAUCGUCUUCAGAACCUGAUCAAGCUCCCCUGAGCCCCAAUUCACUCUUCAGCGUCGAUUCAUCCGAACUUGCUUGCAUUCAAGAUCCAGCUGAUGAUCAUCCCCUCAACCAGGAACCCUUUGAAGGAAGGUCGCUAGGAACUGGCAUUGACUCCGCGGAACCGGCAUGCUUUUUUGAUCUGACAAGCCGUUCGAUCGUACCAUUUCCAGCCAUUCCAGGUCUCUACUACUUGCCCAAUCUGAUCGAUCACAAGACCGAAGCUGAAUGGAUGUCUGAAAUCAGCCAAUUGAAUUUCUUCAAUAACCAAUCCAAUAAUCAAAUGAUGUUUUUCUCUCGUCCAAACAAUCGUGCAAAUUCAUCACCACCUCAGGAUGAUCCUUUUGAGAAGCAAGAGUUGGUGGAAGAUCACGGACAUUCAUUCUUACGAUGGCCAGCGUUUUUGGUCGAUCUUAUCCGCCGUUUACCAUCUCUACUUUCUGCUGUCAAUCCGGAUAACCUUGAGCGCCUGAACGAUCUUUUCUUUGGAUCUGAUAAGAUGGACCUACCUUGGCAAGUGAUCAUCAAUCUCUACAGACCAGGAGAGGGGAUCGAACAACACGUCGACUUGAUCGAAAGGUUUGACGAAAUCAUUCUGGGGAUCUCUCUUGGAUCAAAUGUGGCGAUGGAAUUCGAGCCCGUCGGUCAACAUGAACCAAGCCCCAGUCGGCAACUCUACCUAGAGCAACGAUCUGGAUAUAUCAUCUCCCGGGAGGCGCGCUAUGAUUGGACCCAUGGGAUUCGAGCUAAUCAACUCUACGAUUGGGUGUGUGACUCCUCGAGUAACGAAACAAGGAAGGUUUUGCGAGUCAGAACUCGGGUCAGCAUUACAAUCAGAAGAUUGAAAUCCAGUGCGGACCUACUGAAAGAUUGAAACUUUCAAGCAAAGCCUCCCAGGAAUGUUUGUGAGCAGGUGUGGACUCAGUGGACGAAGCAUCACAACUUUGUUGCAGAUGAUGUGGUUAUGUUUUCUGUCAUACUCCUUCCCAAAUCCAAAGUACAUUUCACUCACAUAUUUUAAUCCUG